AUGCCGCGAUUAUUUUGGUUAUGUGAUGCCACACAGGCCCCGUAAGUAGCUCAAUUUAUAUCCUACGUGCUUACACUCAACUAACCAUUCAAUAGAUCCAAAAAUCUCAAAGAAAAGUCCCGGGAAGAACAACCGCAAGACGAGGAUUUGAAAAUAAUCACUUAUGCAACGACCAUCAACACCAUUCCCUCAGCCGAAGAACUCUCCAAAAUAGACGAGCCACCAUCAUGGCUCACCCGCCUUCGAAAAGCAGCAGACUUGCAGAGAAAAAGUCGACAUCCGUUUUACAUCGAUCCUCCAGUCAUCAAUUCCCACCAGAGUAAUACGCCGCUAUCUGGUUCUCCUGUCAACACCGCCACCGUAGACUUGAAACCAGAUAUUUUCGAACUGGAAUCUCCCACAUAUGAAGAUUCGAAAGCCACAAUCUCAAAAGCGAAAUCAAAACCACGACCUUCAACUACCGAACCCCUCUCCGAUCCCUCCUUGGCAGAAGAAUACAAAAAAGCAAUCCUCGCCUACAUCUCAUCAGGCACCGUCCCAAGAGCCAAGUCCAAGUCUAAAUCCAAAACCAAGUCCUCUUCGAAAUCUAGCAGCUCUCCACAAGCUCAAACAUCCAAAUCCACUCCCAAUCCGCGAAAGAAACAAAACAAGAACCCCCCAAAAGAGAAGCGAAACUCAACAUGGCCAACUCCCGCAUAA